CUCUACCGCACCCGACAUGGAAGCGACUUCACCAUCGUUUGCCAGGACCGGAUCUAUCCUGGUCAUAGAAAGGUGAUCUGUCCUCAGUCCCCCUACUUCGAGCACGCCUGUCGAAACAUCAAGGAGGGAAUGGACGGGGUGGUCGAACUGCAUGAUAAGCAACCUCACCUGGUAGAGGCAAUGCUCGAGUAUCUCUAUCUCGGAGACUACAAUGUGAAGACGUCCGGUUUGACUGUGCCUGAUGUGCCUAACCAAAAAGUCGGCAACGAGCUGGCCCGCUCCUAUCCAGGCAUGGAGCUGAUUUGUCCCGAUCGAGAGACUUACACUCCCUGCUUCCAUGCCAUGAUGCACGGUGAAGCCCUGCACUUUGGAAUCCGCGAGCUGGAGGCCCUGGCGCUUAUUCACUUCCGCGCCUCGUUCCUUAAGAUUCGGGACCAGGAGGCAUUCAUGGCUGCCAUUUUUCAGGCUUAUCAGUCGCCCCCAAACUGUAUGUGGAAAAUCAGAGAGGUUGUGAUCGAAAUUGUCGUGAAUAGCCUGGAGUUCUUGAGCCGCAAGAAGGGAGAGCCACAGAUCUUGGAUGACGUUGUUCUGGAUUUUGUGCCUGAGUUCUGUCGCGAUCUCUGCAUUGCCGCCCUGAAA